CACACACACACACACAUCGUUCUCGUUGUCAGCUCGGCUUCAGCUUUGAAUGUGUGGGUGUGGGUGUCCGAAGAGACACACAAACGCUAAAGGUGUUAUAAAUAACGAUUCGAGAGUCACACGUUUCUUAAGCGUAAGAAGGUCUUGAGAUUUCCAUGGAAAUAGAAAAUCAAGUCAGGUGAAGAGACAUAAUAUACAGUGGAAAUGAUUGAGUUUUAUGGGGGUUUUUUCUUGUUUUUUGUGGGGACAUGGCUCUGAAUUAUCUUCUAGACUGCAGUUACACAGAAGAUACUGUUUUUACCCAACUGCAAAGCGUCAACUAGAUACACGUCUUACAAUAAAAUACAAGUUUUCUGAAUAAGUUGGUAGAUUAAAAAGAAGUUCCUUUGCUCUAAUUUUACCAUUUUUAUGACACGCCCCCUUAGAAAACCCCUCUCUCACAACCUCGUUCCGGAUAGAAGGAAUCCCCUCUUGCGCAUGUGCAGACUGUUAUUACACGUCAGUCAAUGGUAAAACGGAAACAAACCCACUCCACAAUCAGAUCGUCAUGUCUGUGUCUGUGAAAGACGCCAGUUUGGACUAACCUACAUUUCUUCUUUUCAUGUUUUAUGUUUCUGAGAGACUUAUAACCACUAUAACAUGAGAAAUGCCGAGGAUAUGUAUAUUAUUAAUGCUGAGCAGCAUUUUUGUUGUUUUGAUCAGAGUAUCGCACAGUGAGGAAAUAGUAACCCAGCAAAGUCAGCCAAGGUCAUUGAGCCCAGAAUUGGUUGAAACAGUUCACACAAAAUUACCAGUCAAUGGAGAAACCAGUACAGUUCAUGCAUCAGAAAGUCUUUCGCAGGCUCAGGGGGAAAUAAACUUCAACCUUGGAGAUAGCACUGCUCCCUCUUUACCAUCAACGGCUGAGCAGCUAACUCCUACACCAGAUGGCGAACGCGUGUUUGUUGUCGCUGCCGGGGCGGGGGGAGCUGCGGCAGUCGUUGUUAUCCCUGAGACUGGGGAUAAGGAAAGUGGUGCUGCCGACGGAGACAAUGGAGGAUUAGCAGAUCAGACUUCGUCAGGGGAGCCAGAAGUG